ACUAUGUUUGGAACAUAUGUUUUUCAGCUUCGCGAUCAGGAGCGUGAACGAGAGUUUAAAAAACAACGGUCUGAAGCAAUCAAGGCUGGUAUCAUUGAGGAAAAAUACUUUGACAGGGAUGGAGCCGACAAUGAAGAGGACUCCGAUAGCGAAAGAGACGAAAUGCUGUCUGAUGGUGAUCUCGAGGAGGUGGCUGAGACGGAAAUGAACAUGAUGCUACAACGUAUACCGGCCACGUGUACAGUUGAGUUUGCUGUUGGAAUAUUUUUCAUCUUGAUCUCUCCGCUUCCUAUCUCUGUUUUCAUCAACUUCUGCUAUAGUGGCGUUUUAGUAAUCAACCCCAUGCCGGAAGCACGACCAUUCAUGUCGUGUAUGCGAUCGGAUGAGAUGAAAGAGAAAGGCUGUGAUGACGAAGACGAGGAGGAGGAGACCGAAAAGAAGGAAGGCAAUGAUGAUCCGCAUACCAACAAAGCUAGGAGUAACCACGCUGCUGGUGCCGAAGAUGGUGAUGGACAUCCACAUGUAAGCUUUCUCCCCAAUUUUAUAGGGGCAGCAUCGCGGCAAAAUGUAGCGAAGAUUUUUUGCUUAUCUGGGGUAAUCCGUCCCGAUGUCUCUAAAAAUUGAUC